GACACAUCUACACACACAAACAGACAACCCUCCCUCCCAGUACGCACCAGUUGCGCGUAGCGUCAAGUAUGCAACCAGACACGCGAAAAGGCAGACAGACAAGACAUGCAGACAGGCAGGCACUCCAGAGUGAAUUGCGAGUCUCCUCGACACACGACAAGCCCACCCCCCUGCAGCAGCAGCCGUCGUUCAUUCUUCUUCCCUCUUUGUCUUCUUCAGCUCGUUCGCCAUCUUCUUGAUCUGUUUGCAUAUCGACCCGGCAAUAUGGACACUGUAGUUAUAUUCACAGUCGCCCUGCAGGCACCAGACAAGAAAGACAUGGACAGACAAUGGCAGGCAGAGCCACCGACCUGUAGUCAGUCGGUGUCUGUCUCCACUACUUGACUUACUGCCGACAAGAUGCCGCGGACGAUGUUGCCUGCGACGUGACACGAGCCGCUCUGCCCGGGGUAGGCGUCACAUUUGGUGGCGGGGUAGAGGUUCUUGCAGCCCUUCUUGAGGGAGCACUUCUCGGGUUUCGCACUCGCACUUAUGGGUGGGUAAUUGCCAAGACAAAGAGACACACACACACAGAGAGAGAGAGAGACAUACGCAGAACACCCGACACGUGUGUGUGUGUUGCCGGCCCUUACAGGUGUGUCCACAUUGACGGCCAGUUCUUGCACUGAACGAGCAAGGGAGGGAGGGAUAUAUGUGUGUGUGUGCGCGUGUUGGUGUGUGUGGUGCGCACGUCGCCUGGGUAUCCACACAAGUCUGUCUUCCACACACUGCUCGCACACGGUGACAGACAGACAGACAAGCCAGACAGACACACAGCACACACAGACACGUGUGUUAGGAAGCAGCACAAGACGCCACACGAUGUGCCUUACCUACCCCUUUCCACAGCCUUGGCUGCAUUUUUUGGGCAGGUUAAAGUGUCCCAAGUGCUUCCCGACGGCCUGGCACUUCUUGCACCUGGGUCUCAGCUCCAGUGCACAAAAGUCGUUCUUCUGCAACCAACCAAGGCAAGGCAAGGCACCGUUCGUGUCGUGUGUGUGUAUGUCGCUGUGUCUGUGUGCAUCUGAGUAAUUGUGACUCCUCCCUCCCUCCCUCUCUCCCUCGCCGCCCUCCUCACCCCAAUGGAGGGGUCCCUGAAGUAGUCAUUGUUCACUGCCAACGAUAUGACCCGUGCCUUCCCGUAACCUUUGCUCCCCUGAACUCCAAGAGACAGACAGACAAGACAGACAGACAGACAGGGAGGGAGGGAGGGAGCGGUGCAAUUGUCCGUCCGCCCAGCGAGCCAUAGAGCUGCGUACGUACGUAGAAUUUGUCUCGUCCCGGCUGGCAGUAGCGCGCAUCCUGCCAGCCGACGUAAGACUUGCAGCAGUGGCCCGCCGUCAGGGCCACCUUGUCGCUGAUGAGCUGCGCCGUGCACCCCACGUUGCCCACAAAGGCGGUGUACUUGAAGGGCUUCUUGCGCAGCUGCCACUUGGACACCUUCUUGCGGCUCUCCUUGUCGCAACAGAACCGACAGUGUUGCGCCUUCUCGCCCUGCUCGUCACUUUCAACAUCACCGCCAGCGCCUCCUGUCAUGUCGGGCAUCAGGGCGCUCUUCUUGUCCCGCACACACACACGCUGCGCGCUUGGCUGCUUCUCGACCAGGCCAUUCUCCUCCUCUGUCUCGGCCAUGUCCUCUUCUUCAAGGCCUCCGUCACCCGCCACCACGUCGAUAUCGAUGUCAUCGAUGUCAUUGGUGUCAUCGACGUCAUCGAUGUCAUCAAGAUCUUCUUCCUCCGUCUCGGUGUCCAGCCCGUGGGUCUCCAAGUAAACGUCCAAUUGGUCCAUGUCCAGGGCCUCGCGUGACACAUAGGUGUCCCCUGUCCACGGAUUGGCCCGCACCCAGCGGAACCGAACGGGCUUCUUCUGCUUGGCCUUGAUCUCAUCACGCUCUCGCUUCAUCGCGAUGAGCGUCUCGUUGGCCCAGGGAAGAGGCAUCGGCCGCAACAGGUCCUCCUCCUCGCUACCACUGCUGCUGUCGAUGUCGGAAGGAGCGUCCUUCUGCCGCGAUUUUCCAUGCUUGAUUACCUCCAUUCGGCCAAUGAAGACGAAACCGUCGUCUCUGUACCGAUUCACCACACCGGCGACAGAGCCGUCGAAGUCCUCUUCGUCCGUGAUGGGGUCGCCAUCGUCACCAGCGGUGUUGUCCUUGAAGCUGGCGGGCGAAUCCAGCUUCUCCUCCGCCCUCACCGUUACAACGCCAUCUUCAUCAUCGUCACUCUCACAGGAUCCCACCCCGUGGAUCUGGCUGCCUUGGCAGAGGCAAAGGCACGCACUCGCAUAUGUGAUGCCGUCCUCGCCGCACACGGGGCUCUCGUCGGUGGCCACCUUCACGGGGUCAUCUUCCUCUGACUCUGCUGCUAAGGUUUCCUCCUGUCCCUCUUCGGCCGUGUCUGCGAGGCUGCGUGUGUAAGCUGCCUGGGCCACCGUGUUUUCCUCCUGUUGAAGGUCGGGUAAGGAGGUGAAGCUCUGGCAAUCACACAGCUGGCUGGCCUUGGGCGGAGGCCCCUUGACCCUCCAUCUCUGCAGCAUAGCACAGCGGGAGCAGACAAUCACAACAUUCAUGCGGCCGGGGAUUUCUCGUACAUACCCUGCUGGUUAUUGGGAAAGGGGCAGCGGCGGCGAUGCAGCAUUUGAGCAGAACAAAUGCUGCGAGAUGACGGUCCCUCAGCACGGGAAAAGGCACCAUCUGCGGGCGGACGAAAAAAUACGAAGGCCGGACCACUAUUUCUGUCUGGGAAAGAAAUAGGCUCACGUGCAUCGGCUGCACGUCGGGUGUGCGUUGUGUGUGUUGUGUGUGUUGCUGUCGUGUGUG